AUGCCCCUCUCCUCCGAUGUGGAGGUGGUGGCGGCAGUGCCCGUGUUGAAGCAACUUAUCGCACUCGCUGGUUUAUCUACUGAUUCCUGGAAGCAGGUUUCUUGUCGAGAGGGCUACACUAUUUAUGAACUCCCUCCAACUCCUGCGCUGGGACUGCCUGUGAAGUGCUAUCGGACGCAGUUUGCGAUAAACGCCGACCUCGACUCUUUCCAGCGCGUGCUCACCGAUGAGGCUUCGAUUCGGGAGUAUGACCCCACUUUGAAGGAGUUACGCACCCUGGAGCGGCGCGCGUGCACAACGCUGCUGUACACGUCAUACGCGUCGCCGUCGCCGUGGCUCAUCGCCCCACGUGACUUUUGUGUGUGGUGCGCAACGGUCUUCACGACACCGCAGCAGCUGAACCGCUUGUGCUCUGAAGCCGACAAAGGCAGUGCUCAGUCAUCCACGAGCUCUCUGGCUGCGAGCGAAUUUUCUUGGACAUGGAAAGGCUCUGGAGUGGCCCCAGAUCCUGGUCAGACGGUUUAUCUGCAGAACAGCGUGACUGCACGGGAGUCAGACGCUGGGGCAGUCCCGACUCCCGAAAACGGGAAGCCGCUUGUACGCGGGGUUGUGCACUGCUUUGGCUACGUGGCUUUUGAGGACCCCUCCACGCAGGGCAGGCUGUGUGUCACCAACUACUGCUGCGUCGAUCCGGCUGGUCGGGUUCCCAAGUGGCUUGAGGCCGCUGCGAUAAGCGAGAACACAAAGAAGCUGAGAAAAAUGGCGGCGCUCGUGGAAACUGCUGCCGCCCUUGCGGCGCCAGCAGUGACGCCCAUCUCGACUUGCUUAGAGGCGCUGGCAGCUGAGCCGCUGUCGGUGAAACAACCGCAAGAACCAGAGUUUUCUGUGGAGAACAGUGCCGAGAGGCCACCUGAGGAAACAACGAAGGAAGGUGUGUCAACUCUGCUUCCUGCGGACACUCCCGACUAUGAGGCUGCAUCGCCAGCGAUGUCCACAGUAAUGGGCUCUUUAGCCUACGAUACUUCCCCGUUUCCUCAUGCGGAGUCGGACGCAGCGACUUUUACGAUUUCUGCAUCAGCCAACAACUCUCUUCCGCAAUUGACGCUAAAGGAGCAAAACAGCUCUUUACCGUCAUCAGUGACACUGAGAAACACCGCUACCCAUCUUCACUCUCUCACCUCCAUGUCGCCGCGACAACCCACCACUGAGGCAAGUGUGGAUCCGAAGGUAGAGCUUCUCAGCCUGCUUGCUCGAUCCAAUGGCUGGAAGACGCGGCGCGAGGUUGGAGAGGUGCAGUACGCAGAGCUGCACAGAUUACCGGAGCCGCUGCGCUCAAAGGACCCGCUGUGUAUGGCGAUGCGCGUCAGCACAUCGGUGAACUGCACUCUUGACACCUUUGCAGCAGUGCAGCGCAAUCCGGUGCUAUUUCCAGAGAUCGACCCGGAGCUGGUGCGAGUGAUGGCCUCUUCGACUUUGCCUGGUGCGUCUUGCCCAGAAACGAGCCGAGAGUCGAGCGUCUUUGAGCACGGCGCGGCGUCCACUGCGAGGACUGUGACAGGAGGAUCGCUGCUGCUUCCGGGUAAAGGAAACAGCCACGCUGCGGGCCAAGUGCGCCACUAUCAGUUCGAUACAAAUGAUUCCUUUCAAUGCCCAUGGAAGAUGAUCUUACACUGCACCGACGUCGAGUUGACGCAUCUUGAGGGGGGCAGGUACGGCUUUCACACGCCUGGCGUCCCCGCUGCAACGCACGUGUGGGUGGCCGCAGAGAACACUACUGGCUACUAUCACGGUGCGCUUCCGGAGAGUUAUCAUCAGCACAUGCAGGUGCGCGUGUUUGGUGUCGUAGCGGUCGCUGUGCCACGCAGCGCUGAUACAGUCCGUGUGUCGCAGUACAUGCUAUUCGACUCCAGUGCACCGCUGUCGUCUCUCCAUUCGGUCCGUUGGCACCUCUCGUUUCAGAGGCGGACGACAGCGGAGUUUCUCUCGGGGGUGUCGAAGUGGAUGGAGUGCCGCCUAAACCGUCUUUGCCGCCUAGCCGAGGAGCAGCAGCGUCGGCGCAACAGCAACAGCAUGGUGGCACUCGACAAGGCCCCGCUCUUGCACUUUCUAUUCACAGUGCACUGCGCGGAAGGCGGUCGCGCCCUCGAGAGCCCGGAGGCGGUGCUGUAUGGCGACGUCCUCGCACGGUCUAUUCCGUGGAGUGGCGGAGGCGAUAGUCAGCGACUCGGGACGGAGGGAGCGAGCGGUGAACCCCCUUUGCUGGUCCUUUCAACAGUGUUCCCGUGUUCUCUGGCGCACCUGCGCAACUACAUGCUAUUCAACUCUCCUCGUCAUCGUUACGCGCUCGAGAGGGGUGUACAUGCGUACGAGGAGUUGCCCUCUCCGCCUGAGUUCACGGCCGUACGUGUCACGUACGGCGCAGCGAGCGCCUCCUUCCCAUGGCUGCGUUUGACAGUUCUCGAAGCAUUUGGCGAGGUAAACGGUAUGAAUGUCCCGUUGCCGACGCUGGUGCUGAGCCGCACAGGGCUGGAUGGAAAUGUGGACAAUGAAUGUGAGGAGCUGGACAGCAACAGCGAUAGUUUUAGCUUCCUGCGCACCGGAACCAACGAGCGCUUCGAGGAAGGCCACGUGUUCUGUUCCGGGUGGGUGGCCACACCGCUGAGGGGCAAUGGCAACCACACCUGUGCGAUCGGCACUUCGGCGACUCUGGAGAGGAACCCCCCCAACGAUCUCACGCCGGUACCGCUAGAGCCGUGUACUACGCGGGCCAAUUUGGGCCGCAAGGCUGAGGAGGCGUCCGUGCACCAGCCGGAGCGCAUCGUGGUGACGCAGUACCUGAGCAUAGGUCUCCCAUCACCGUGCCAGCGCGAUCUUGACGAGGGUGGGCUACCGCAUGGGUGCAUCCCAGAGCAAGCUGCAUUGCUGCAGCGCUUUCGGGAUUCGGUAUGCAUGUGGAGCUCCAUCGAAGCCUCGCCAUCGCGGUAA